GAACGGCUGCGAUGUUUUCAAAAGCAGCGAUGAACAUCACACAGCCGUAGGCUACGGUUAACGUCCAGCAUUUAGAAGAAUAACCGUUAAAUUUGCACCCACGUUUAAGCUAACGCGGGACGCGAAUGAGUCGGUAGGGAGCCCUUGACCCGGUUUGAAGGUGCAUGAUGAGCCGGCUGUGCUGUAGGCGUCUAAGCUAGUCAGGUGCCGCACCAUGGCCAAACCUGGGGGCGACCGAGAUGGAGCCAUGGUGGAUAAGCAGGCGGGGAAGAAGAGUAAAGACAAGCUGUCGCCUUUCACCAAAACUCCGAAGUUGGACCGGGGGGAAUUGCUGGGAAAGGAAGGGAAAGCCAAGUCUUCCAUGAAGCGCAAGCUUUCCUUCACUACAAGUCCGCCCCGGACAGAGGAGCGGGACUCAGACACUGAUGACUCAGACCCAGGCCAGUCGAGUGAGACCUGGGGAGAGAGAUUAGUGCCCCCCUGCAGGAUAUACGCAGAUAAAGAUGGACCAGAUAAGAAGAAGGUGAAGAAGGAGCCCGGGAGCAGAAGGUCCCAGUCCUCCAACCUUUUAUUCGGGUAUCCGCUGUCGGAGCGCAAACAGAUGGCUCUUCUGAUGCAGAUGACCGCCAACAGUCCAGACUCCACGCCCAGCCACCCCUCGCAGACGACCCCUGUGCAGAAGAAGGUCCCGAGCAGCGCCUCGUCCCGACAGAAGGACAAAGUCAACAAGAGGAACGAGCGCGGGGAGACCCCCCUUCACAUGGCAGCGAUCCGUGGAGACGCCAAGCAAGUUAAGGAGCUCAUUAGCCUGGGAGCCGAUGUCAACGUCAAAGACUUUGCAGGUUGGACUCCUCUUCACGAAGCCUGCAAUCUAGGCUACUACGACGUGGCAAAGGUGUUAAUAGCGGCAGGUGCAGAGGUGAACACGCAGGGUCUGGAUGACGACACGCCGCUUCACGACGCCUCCAGCAGCGGCCACAAAGACAUCGUGAAGCUCCUCCUCCGUCACGGCGGCAACGCCUUCCAGGCCAACAAGCGCGGCGAGCGGCCGGUGGACGUGGCCGACUCCCAGGAGCUGGAGAAGCUUUUAAAAGGCGAGGCGCCGCUGUCGGACCAAGACGACAGUUCUUCAGAAUCUGAAGACCCCCCCUCCGUCAAUCCCUCCAGCGUGGACGACAACAUGGAGGACUCCGACACCGAGAAGGAGCUGGACGGCAAGCCAGCCACGAAGGCGGCGGCGUCGUCGGUGCCCGGCAUGGACGAGUACGAGUUUAAAGACGAGGAAGAGGAGGAGGAUCUGAGCAAGGCGCUGAACGACAGACACAUCCCCAGGAGGGAGCUGCGGCAGCGCGAGAAGGAGGAGAAGGAAAGGAAUCACGUGGCUGGAAAGCAGAGCAACAAGGGCGACUCUUCCUCCAAGUCCAAAAAACAGAAAGGCUCCCGCCUCCACUGCAGCUCCGACACCUCCAGCGACGAGCUGGAGAGCCUGCCGGAGAAGAGGAACUCCCCCACCUGCUCCCAGAGCUCAGACGGCCACAAAAUGGACACGCGGUUGAAAAAGGACAACGCCGAGCAGAAGGACAAGGGUAAAGUGAAGAAGAAGAGCAAAAGCCAGAACAAAAACAAGGAAAACGAAGAGGACGGGAAGGAGAACAGCAAAACCCUGGUCCUCUCCCUCGCAGCCGUGUCUGAGAGCAACGAGAAGGGGCGGGAGGAGGACUCCUUUAAGAUGUCCUUCAGCCCCAAAGACGACUCCUCCGUCCACCUCUUCCAUUUGUCCUCCAUCAAAUCCCCUAAACUGAACCACAGCCUGGCCGACAAGCAGUGUCCGCUCAAGCAGGAAAACGCCAAGCUGACCAUCAGCGACGGCCCGUACAACCACUACGCGGACGCAGAUUACUGCACGGAGAGCUCCAGCACCAAGGGCUGCAAGCACCGGGAAAAGAGCAAGCACCAGCAGAAGGAGUCCGGCGGGGACGGGGACGACGGCCGCGCCAGCCCCUGCAAGGACGGCGUCAUAGGAAACAGCGUGGACGGGGGCGAGGCCGUCCUGCGCAAGACGGACCUGGACGGGAAGGUGGUGAAGAAGCACAAGCUCAAACACAAGGAGAAGGACAAACACAGGAGGGAGUACAAGGCCGAGCGGAGCCACCACAGGCAGAAGGAGGCCAGGAAGGAGGGCCACAGGAAUCUGGAGUUCGACAGGGAGUUCUGGAAGGAAAACUUCUUCAAAAGCGACGAGGCAGACGAGCCCCCGGCGGCGAAAAAGGACGGCGAGGACAUCGGCCCGGUGCCGAAGGCGGCCGACUGCUCUCCCGUCAAAGACGAGAGGAACUCGAGGGAGAAGCACCCCGGCGGCAAGGAGAAGAAGCCGCGAGAGGAGCGGGAAAAGGACAAGGCCGUGAAGAAGGAGCGGAAAGAGGAGAAGGUGAAAGACCCGAAGCCCGGCGAGCGUGACGAGAAGGCGGACGGCCACGGAUCAGGCCGGAGUCCCGAGGAGUCGCUCCAGAACAGCGCCGCCAAGGAGGAGACGGAGGAGAAGCCCGUCACGGCUGAUCAGGAACAGCUGGAGCAGGAAAAGGCCUCGCGUGACAGGAGGCUUCCGGGGAAAGAAAAGGACUCGGACAAAAUGGAGAAGAGACAUCUGGACAAGGAGAAGAAGGUGAAACCGGAGCACGCCGACAAGGCCGAGCCGCAAAACUCAGUGGAUCGCUGGAAGGAGAAGGACAGAGCGGGAAGCGUCUCCUCCCUCAGCCCCGGGGAUAAAAGCUACAGAGACAACGAGAAGCUGAAAUCUUUAUCCGCGACCAAGAAACACGAAGACGGCAGAAAAAGCAAAGAUAAGCUGGAGAAGCGCUCCGACAGGGAGCGACCGGACAGGGAGUACGCCGCCGGGGAUCACAAGGAGAGAGAUCGAGCAAACAGCGACAGGAGGGGGAAGCCUGCGGAGAAGGCCGACCGCCUGAAAGACAAGGACUGUGACCGGAAAAAGAAAGACAAGAUGAAAGACGGCGGCAUCUCCUCCAGCUCCAACCUGAAGCUGCUGCUAGAAGACAAGAGGAGCUACCUGUGCGAGGGCAGCAAGGUCUCACCCGCCAAGUCCAAGGAGGAGGCCGCGAAGACGCCAGAGAAGGAGCGCGACCGCCGGGAUCGGGAGCGAGACUACGACAGACACAAGGACAAGGACCGGCACAAAGACCGCGUCCAGCAGGUCCGGCUCAGCAAAGCCAAGCCCGGCGAGGGGGACGGAGACAAGAGCAAGCCAAAAACCGCGGCGGCCGCGCGGGACGCCAAGCCCAAGGAGAAGCGUCUGGUGAACGACGACCUGAUGCAGACCAGCUUCGAGCGGAUGCUCAGCAUGAAGGACCAGGAGAUCGAGCUGUGGCACCGGAAACAUCUGGAAAAGAUCAAGCAGAAGGAGCGUGAGCGGCUCAAGCAGCGGCCGGCGUGCGACGCGGGGAAGUCCAAACCCAAAGACCGAACGAAGGCAGAGCUCUGCUCCAACAAGGAGCUGACGCGCUCGAAGAGCUCGGAGGCGUCCGACGUCCAGGGCAGAGAGAAGCCGGCGAAGGACGGGACCGGCAACAGGACGCUGUCCCUGGACGGGAAGUGUGUGCCCUCCAUCAGCGCCAAGGUCAUCUCGGUGGUGGAGAGCUGCCUGAGCAGGUCGCCGCGGCCCGAGGGCGACCGCGGCGGCCUCAUGUCCCGCUCCGUCUCUCUGGUCUCUGUGGCGAGCUCCGAGGACUCCUACCAGGCCACGACGCUGACCCCCAGACACGUGGAGUACGACUCCGACGUCAACCUGGAGACCUCCGACUCCCAGCAGGCCUUUCUCCAGUCCUCGCUCGUCAUCCAAGCCGCCCGGUCGCCGUCUGUCCACGACAGAGACUGCGGCGGUCUUCCAGACGUCCCCCAGAGCUGCCAGGUGCCGGCGAGGCACGAGCCCCAGUUCCUCCAGAGCGUCCUGGAGGAGGACCCGAGUUCGUCCGCCGAGAGCGACGGCGUGGAGCAUCCGUCCAGGUGCGGCCUCGCCAACGCCGCCGGAGAGGAGCCCAAAGCGAAGGAGUUCUCAGACCCCGAGGAGAACCAGGAGGACCUGAACCCGUCAGCUGACCCGGUCACGGAAAAGGAGGCAGGCGCCGCAGGACGGUCAGAGACGCAGCUCCCUGUGGGAGAUCUUCCAAACAAAGACCAGACCCUUCCACAACUCAACGCCUCUCACACGGAGCAGAAAGCUCCUCCUUCCCCAGAUCCGCCUGCUGUGAGAGACGCCUCCUCUCCGCCGGAGACCUCGCAGGCAGAGAGCGGCAGCAAAGAGCCCGACCGACCGCUGGCGUCCGGCGAGGCGCUCUACGACGCAGCGACCUUCCAGCAGAGAGAGACGCUCCCUUCUUCCAGCACAGAGAUCCGCCCAGAGGCCCCGCAGGCGUCUGACCACCAACCUGUGGAGCCUCCUGCGCAGGAGAGCAUGGACACGGGGUCAGAGAACCCGACGCCGGAGGGGCCGGGGAGUCCGCCGCCGCCGCCGACCGCCGGCUCUGCUGCAGGAGAGAUCCCGGCGGUGCAGGAAGACUCAGCCGCAGAUAAUCCAGAUAAAUCCCAGCCUUCCGCGGACGACGUGGCGUCAGAUCCCGACGUUCAGAUGGAGGACGCUCCGUCCGCCGUGGCCCCCGAACACAAGACCGAGGAGACGGCCGACGCACCGCCGAGCUCAGAGAGCGGCGCCGCCGUCGAUGCUGCAGCAGCGACCUCCUUCCUGGACGCUGCGUCCGAACCUAAAGCGGAGAUCCCUGCCGAGCCGAUGGACGUCACACCGGCGGAGGAGAGAACCGAGUCCUCGGCCUCAGAAGACCAGAGUCUGAGCUCCGACCAGUCGGCGCCGCAGACGGACAGCGGCAACACCUCAGGGAGCUCCUCGCCACAGUCCGCAGACCGAGACUCGGAUUCCUCUGGAGCCAAGCUCAAAGUCCGCCCGGGGGACGAGGACGUGGACGUCCACGUCCCCCAUCCGCGCAAGAGAAAGAUGCCCAAGCUGUCCAACUCCCAGUUAUACUCCAGCGCCCAGCAGGAGAAGGACAAGUGCCAGCAGUCUCUUGCUGCCAUGGUGGACUCUGUGAAGCUGGAGGAGAUCGAGCCCUACCAGACGGAGAGGGCCAACCCGUACUACGAGUUCCUGCACAUCCGCAAGAAGAUCGAGGAGAAACGCAAGGUGCUCUGCAACGUCACGCCCCAGCCGCCUCAGUAUUACGAUGAGUACGUCACCUUCAAUGGAUCCUACCUCCUCGAUGGGAACCCGCUCAGCAAACUCUGCAUACCCACAAUAACGCCGCCCCCAUCACUACCUGAGCCUCUGAAGGAAAUGUUCAAGCAGCAAGAGGUUGUCCGCAUGAAGCUACGGCUGCAGCACAGCAUUGAGCGGGAAAAGUUGAUUGUUUCAAAUGAGCAGGAGGUCCUGAGAGUCCAUUACAGGGCUGCAAGAACACUAGCCAAUCAGACGCUGCCUUUCAGCGCCUGCACCGUCCUGUUGGAUGCAGAAGUGUACAACAUGCCUCAGGACAUCCAGAACGAUGAUGGGAAAACGUCAGUGAGGGACCGAUUCAACGCCCGGCAGUUCAUGUCCUGGUUACAGGACGUUGACGACAAGUUUGACAAACUAAAGACGUGUCUGCUGAUGAGGCAGCAGCACGAGGCGGCGGCGCUGAACGCCGUGCAGCGUCUGGAGUGGCAGCUCAAGCUGCAGGAGCUGGACCCGGCCACCUACAAGUCCACCAGCAUCUUCGAGAUCCCCGAGUUCUACAUCCCGCUGGUGGAGGUCAACGACGACUUCGACCUCACGCCCAUCUGAGCCGCGGGAAAUGUGAAGCACUUAAACCGUGCCGAGAAGAGGAGCACUUAGAGCCAGAGGCGCGUUUUACUCCAGAGCUCCUGAGAAGAAGACGGGAAUAAAAAAAAAAAGAGGAGAAAAAAAAAAAAACAGGAAACCAGGGGUCCAGGUUACAAAAGGAGAAACUGGGCCCGGCGGGGGCGGAGUCACACCUGAAAGAUUUCAAAUGUUUUUAAAGUGUUCAUACGUUGUGUACAGACUGUGCUCUUAAUUUUUUAACUUAUUUUAUACAUACAAAAAAUGUGCAUUUGUACAUAGUCAUGUAAUUAUUGUUUUAAACCUGUAAAAAAAACAAAAAGUAAUAGAUAUUUUGAUUGUAAACUCGUUCAGUCUGAUGUUUUAAUGGACCAAAGUCGGGUUUUUUUUUUUUUUUCUUCUUCUUUUCUUUUAUAUCGAGUCUCCUCUUCGUCUGUGACGUUCUCGUCGUCGUUGUUGUUGUUGGCUUCUGUUGUUUGUUCUUUUUCUUUCUUUUUUUAACCGUUUCUUCCUUCCUUCCUCCCACAUCUGGAGCUUUAACGCCACAGCCGGUGUUUUGUUUGUUUCUUUGACUUUGGCAGUUAAAUGCUGUGCAUGCGUUGCGAUGUUCUUUAUCUUAAAAAGCUGUACCGUGGACUUAAAUUUGUGAGGUUUACUGGAGUGUUUCCAGCUCUUUGGCUCUUUUCUUUCCACCCCAACAUCGUGUCUCUUUUGGCGGCCUCACUCCUUGUGUGUUGUCCAUAGUGUGUCUCACGCACAUUAAAGUCUGUUGUGGCUUCCAAGAAAAGGAAAGAAAAAAAAAAAAAAACUUUUACAGUUUCGACGUGAGAUCACAACAAAUCCUAUUUUUUCAACAUAAUGCCUUUUGAACGAUAGUUCUAAAAAAAUGUCUAUUUUAAUAUUUACUUGUUACAUGACUUGUACAUAUUUGUAAUAUAUCAUUGAAUAAAUUUUAUUUGUUGUGAAAUUA